AUGAUUUGUUAUCUCCGAAUGUCUGAAUCCAGUGAGACUACGGGAUCAGACAAUAAAAAGGAGGAAGAGGUGGAUCAGCAACAAGAUCGACAAAGUGGAGCCUGGACCGUGAACGAAAUCCUACCGGUGAUCCAUGAAGAACGAGAAAAAGGCAGGAAUUCUUCAAACUCAGCCGACAGCAUCUGCUCCGACUCCAAUCGGAACACAUUACGCAAUGAUUCCGGUAAGUUAGAUAAAUGGUUAUUAUCGUAUUUGCAGAACUGAGAUCAGGGUUGCCUGUGCUCGAACCAAUCGAUGAAGAAAGUCGAUCAGUGGGACCAAGUUCGUUGGACUCUCCCAACAUGCUGACCUUGGACUCUAGAUUCAGCAAAUCACUUCCAAAACGUCCAGUAGACAAUGAAGAAAACCCCGAAAAGCAGGCAGACAGGUGUGAGACAGACACAAGAACAGCAAAAGAGAACGAUCCCAGUCUGGAAGUUGAUGAUAAUGAAGCAAACGCCCCUGAAAAAUAUGCACCUAAGGAUUCCGCAGAUUUGGAAACAAAUGAAAAAAGAAGGGAAGAUUAA